AUGGGCAAAAGAUUUUAUGUUCGAAAAGGUUUAACAGUACUCACGCUUGUACUGGUUGUUAUCUGUAUUUUUUGGCUUGGUAAACGACAUCAAAAUCAGUUUUUAGUAGCCAACGAUGCUCAAACUAUAGCUGGAUCGAAAAAGUUUUCGAAACUUGAUUUGAGUUGUGCUCGAGACGAUUUCGAAAACUCCAUAUACUCCAAAUGGGAAACUCAAAGAAAGAAUUUAGACUUUACUCAGCUACUGAUACCUGAACGAUGCAGCUUGUACUUUUCGGAACUCGAGGAUUUUCAAGUCAAUCUCAAAUUCUGGAGCCAGUUCAAAGUUAAUCCGUUGGUGUACAAAAAGAAAAAAUGGAUUAAGGAUAUCACGCGAGCAAAAAGAAAAGAAAUAAGACGUAAAAACUGGAAACCAGAGUAUGACCAAGAGAUAGCUGAUAUGUACGAGGAAGAGCAAGCCAAAUAUGCCCAUUACGAACGACAAAUCUUUGACGACGUAAGUCACAUGAAAGUGUUUGGCAAAUGUAUGUCAAAAUUUUUGGAUGAUGAGAUGCAAUGUCUGAACUUGGAGAAAAAGCUAUACCCUUGGCUAAAAGGACUUCCCUUGGUGCAGGAUGCCGAGGGAAAUCCCAUUAUUAUGCAAAAUGGCAUGGAACAGUUAUCAGAGAGAUGUAUAAUCAAAAACAUUUUGGCAACAAGCCAAGGACGUGGUAUUGUUAUACCAGUCAACGAUACUAGAGUAGAACAUCUGGUGGACUAUAUUGAACGUUUAUUGGUAACCUUGAAAGUUAUGAAAAACCGGUUGCCAAUUGCAAUUUUUCAUAAAAAUCUAUCUGCAGAUAUUCGAGCCAGGAUAGCCAAUACUUCAAAGGGCAAUGACGAUAACCAGUAUCCACUGCAAAGUGUGAUGUUUUUUGACCUAACUCCAGUCACGGAUUACUCACAUAUUGAUGUUGUUGCGCAAAGUUUGAUCUUUAACCAUUUUCAAGAAGUUAUUUUGUUGACGGAGAAUAUUAUCCCUUUAACUGAUUUGAAUGCGUUAUUUGAUGAGAAUUUUAAAGAGUCAGCGAAGGAAACAAAUGACAUAGCAGCAGACACAUUGGAAUCGGAAAAGCUUGGAGUAUACUUUUUCAAAUAUCCUUCGGUGUUUGAUAAAUCGAAAGCUACGCCCGGUUAUUAUGAUAUCAAUCACUUUAUACGAAAUGUUCUACUGCCAAGCACUAAGGACUCGCAACUAUAUAAUCUCAAGGCAUCCAAUACUCGAGAGUUUAAAAGGUAUUUUGAGGAUGAUUUCAAAACAAUCAUUGACCCCAACAUCAUGAUGCUAAACAAAUCACAAGCGUUAAAUGGCUUAUUGAUAGCCCUUAGUCUAGAGUUUUACGACCCGCUCAAGUUGCGCAUAAAUCUGCCAGAUAUACAUUGGAUUGCUCAUAGAAUUGCGGGAACUAAAAUCAAAUUCCACAAUAACCCUUCGGUUAUGGCAGGAAUGUAUACACCAGAAAAGAGUUCGGAGAUAUGUUCAUCUUCAUUUGGACAGCUCUCCGAUGUUGAUAGUCUUACCUUGUUGUUUAUCACUUCGCAUCAACUCCAAAAUUGGCUCGAAAAACGUCAAUCAUAUACGACUUUUUUUGAACAAAAGUAUGUCACUACCUAUAAGGAGGAGGUUGAUAAUAUUUUUGAUAGCUCAAGUUUGACGAAAACCAUUAUGGAGCGGACCAAUGAUGAAAUUUUGCAAAAGCUCAUGCUGAACCCGCUAACAGUAGAGAAUAUUAUUGUACCGCCUACAUUGACGCGAAAAGUUCAUGUUAAAUCGUUUGAAGAGCCCAAUGAAGCAUGGGUUGAGCAAAAGAAACAUAUUCCUGAGCGAUCUCGGCUUGAGAGUCACAAGUACUAUUGUGUAUAUAGUGAUAUUGGGGACGUAUUCAACGGUGGUACGCGUGGCCCUACAAUCAAUGUCCGACGUGAUAAGAAGGAGCUCUAUGGAAAUGUUACCGUUGCCUGGCUUAAUAAACAAGUAUGA